GCUCUUGCACGCAUGCGUACACGGCUAGAGGGGUCCGACUGCGUUUGCUAACCGAGUGUUUCUCCGAAAGCUUAACCAAAAAGGUUACUUUCUGGAAAUUAAAAAUGUCAACAAGCGACUUCUAUUUGAGAUAUUAUGUUGGGCACAAGGGGAAAUUUGGACACGAGUUCCUGGAAUUCGAGUUCAGACCUGACGGUAAGUUUAAUUUGGCGGCACUUCUUGCGUGUUAGCUUUUGUGCGUUUGAGCUAACAUGAGUUGCUAGCAUUAGCUACCCGGUAGAGAGUAGGCCACAAAAAGAGUUGGCACCAAACUAUCCCCCUUUGAGGGUGUAUUACAAACUUUUAAGAUGUAGUUUGUACUCAUCUUACGCUCAAUAAUGUGUCUGCUUUAAUUCCUAAUCCAUAAUGCACCACGUGGCCUUUAGGGAUGGUAGUAAACUCAUUCAGUAUAUCAAAGUACCUGUAUCUAACAAUUCAUGAUCUCUUUCAGGUAAAUUGAGAUACGCGAAUAACAGCAACUACAAGAAUGACGUGAUGAUCAGGAAAGAGGUAAGAAGUGACUUCAACCUUUUGGUACCAUAGAAAGGUUCAUUUUGGAAGUUUCAGAAGGUUUUGAGGUGAUUGUCUUCUGUGUCUGACUGCUGAUUGUAACCUGCUAUGGUGUCUGUAGACUAGGGCUUGAAGAUGUCUGUUAUCAGGGAUCCUUCCAGCGGUCUACAGAGAGAGGGAGUGUAGGAUACUAGGGUGGCUGAGAACCGCCACUGCUGCAAAUUAAUAAGAAUGCAAAAACAAAAAGAAACCACAACGGAAAUUACCGAUGCAAAAAGAAGAAACCGAAGCCUGCUGCAAAUUAAAAUAGAAAUGGUUCAGAUUUAAAAAAAAAAAAAAAAAAAAAAAAAAAAAAACACAACGGAAAUUUAAUGACACAAGAAAGUGGUGAUGAAAAAAAGGUUACGUACUGCGAAAAUAAAAGGAUGCAAAUAAAAAUAAAAAGCCACAACAGAAGUGAGCUGCCAGUAAUGAUGAUGCACCGGUGUUUUUCGAUCUGGGCACAAAAGACGACGGCGAGAAGACGAGCAAAGAAGUUAGUGGAAAGGUUGUUUAAUUUCGCUUCGUGUGCUAUUCAACGUGUCGUUUGGUUUAGGCCAUGUUGCACCUGAGUCGAUAUGAAGUUGAACUGGAGCUAACACUACACCGGCAUCCUCCAAUUCAACUUCAUAUAGUCCUCUUAGCAUGUACAAAGUCUACCUUUUGUUCAUGUGUUGCUCUAUCAUUUUAGGCAUAUGUGCACAAAAGUGUGAUGGAAGAGCUGAAGAGGAUCAUCGAUGACAGUGAGAUCACCAAAGAAGACGAUGCGCUGUGGCCUCCUCCUGAUCGAGUCGGCAGACAGGUUUGUGACCCCGUUCAUUAACACUGAACACAAUAUGCUGCAUUAAACCUGUUCAUAGUGCUGAUUGCCUUGCAGGCAUUUACCCCAUAUUCUGUAACAACCAGAGACCUCCACCACACAUUGUUGUAUACUUAGUAGUAGUUGCUCAUGCUAAUUUUUAACAAGUGACAUUUUGAUAACUGUCACCAAAUAUCAUGACAUGGUUUUUGCUGAAAAAUGAUACAUAGUUUGUUAACCCACAUAACCAUGAAAGCACUCUGGCUAUUAGCAUUUUUAUCCAUUGAUGUCUUUUCCUAAUGUUCAUAGAUUUGGGAGCUUCACAGGUCACAGAUUUUUACAUGAACACUCGUCAUUAACUUCUCAAUGAUGAUUUUGGUGAUGUUUUUGAAACUUAACAGGAACUGGAGAUCGUCAUUGGAGAUGAGCACAUUUCUUUCACAACUUCCAAAAUUGGCUCCUUGAUUGACGUCAACCAGUCAAAGUGAGUAGAACUUUGUUAAAAAAGUUUUGUCAGGUUGUGAGUUGAACAUCGUUAAAAUUUUUGUCAAGUUUCUGAUCUGAGGGAUUGCCUAACACUUCAAAUGUGCUGUGUUUCAGGGACCCUGAGGGUCUACGGGUGUUCUACUACCUGGUGCAAGAUCUGAAAUGUCUUGUCUUCAGUCUCAUUGGCCUUCACUUCAAGAUCAAGCCUAUCUAAAUCUCAAAUUCAGUUUGUUUUAAUUGCUUUAGCUAAUGUUUCUGUUGUUGACUUCCGCAUUUGUACAUUUGCUUUGGAAAUGGAACUGUUUUUUAUUUUAAAUAAAGAGUAAAAAGACAUCUUUUGUCUUACGUGAUGUAUUUCUUUAGGUAUUCCUUGCUGUUAUCAACACAGGUUUACUUAUUACAAUUAAGAUCAAGUUUCAAAAUGGUAACAGUAAGUAGAAGCAUUGUAGUGUAAUUAAAUUGAAACUGCAGUUUGAGUAAAAUUUUCAAUUAAAUUUUAUUUCAAAAGACACUUAGAUCAAGAAGGCUGUAAAUGACCAGGUUUCAUGAUAAGUUAUUACAGUGCUGAUCAGCAAAUGAUCUUUAAUUCACAUUUUAAUAAGGCACAAAGCUCUAUUCUUGGAAACACUGCAAAGACUUAUCUAAAUCUCAAAAGCCUAAUUUCAUAAAUAGUAUAUACAGGACUCACAAUGUUCUUCAGUGUUUUGUGAGGCCAUACAACUGGAGUAACCAAAGUUUUUUUGUCUACAGCUGUCAGAAUCAAUUUCCUCUUUGAUUUGGGUGACACCAUAAUGAUUUUCUUUCAUGGAAAGUCAUGAAUUUAUCGAUUAAAGUAGGAAGGUGUAAUUUUUUUAACAUUAUGUGGUGUUAAUCAGGGAUUUUUAUCGGUAAUGUGAUUCAUGUCUGGUCUGUUGCUAUGCAUUUAAGUUCCAAAAUAAUUGCUAAAGCACCAUGAUUUGACAAGCACUUCUCUUUUGUAUUAAUAUAGCACUUGUUCUACUUUCUUUGUGUUUUUAUCAAUGAAACUUCAGGUAAUUACAAUAAAGACAUUAACCUUCUCUUUUUCUCA